AGGCAUUAUUACCGCAUAGUGCAAAGUUAUUUCGAAAACUCCAAGCCGGAGGGAUGGAGUUUUCGAAAAUAUAUCGAAUUCUUGGUACAAAAAGGGGUCACAAACUUCCGGUUAUCUCCCAAAAAGAAAUAUAUACCAUGUGGCUUGAACAAUAUUUGGAGAAAGAGUCCAUUUCCGCUCAAAGAUACCUGGCCCUCAAAAACGAGGCAAAG